GGUAGUUUCCUUCAGCUUGAAAGGAAAAAGAUAAGAACACAGCCUGCCCUCCUAGUUUGAAGGGGCGGGAAGGUGAGCAAGGGUGAAAGGGGAAGGAAGCAGAAACAGCACAUACAGCACAGAAGAGGGGAGACAGUCCAGGCUACAGCAGGAAGGCAGGUUGUCCUUCCCUCAAACUUCAGAUUUAUCUUUCAUUACCUGGAUAUUUGCUUGGGUGAGGGGAAAAGCGCACCAUGAUGGCGAACAAGGAAGUAACAUGGUUUAUACUCAGUGCAGUUGUGGCAGCUGCUCACGCCCUCUCCGUAAACACACCUCAGAAGCAAGUGCAGGUGAAGAAAGGAGAUAAUAUCACCCUACCGUGUACCUAUGAAAGCUCUGUUCUUACUCCAGCUAAGGGGGACAUUGUUGCCUGGAUGAAAAUGCCAGAAGAGGCAGAAUUUAUUAACCGGUACCUUGAUGAUGGUGGAACAUGGAUUAGUGAUGCUUAUAAAGGUCGGGUGAACUUCUCUAGCAAUAAAAAUAAUCAUGACAUUGGCAUCAUCCUCAGUCAGGUGACCUUGAAUGACAAUGGUACCUAUGAAUGCUCAGUCCGUCUUCGCGAUGAUCCUCCCUUGACACAUUCAACAAUGGAACUUUUGGUCCUUGUGGCUCCAUCCAAGCCAGACUGCAAAAUUAUAGGGACCACAGAAUUCGGACAAAACAUUAACUUGACCUGCAAUUCUAUCGAAGGAUUCCCCAAACCCGAAUAUUCCUGGCAAAGCUACAAUCCAGAAAACAAACAACGAGCACUUGUAGGAACAGUAACGCCAGGAGUGCUUAUGCUGAAGAACAUCUCUAUAGACACCACUGGCUACUACAUCUGCCUUGCCAAAAACUCUAUUGGAGAGAGUUCAUGCAACAUCACUGUUAAUGUCACACCACCAUCCAUGAAUUUUGCCCUACUUGGUGGAGUUGUUGGUGGGCUUGUUGCUGUUGUCAUUAUUAUUGCUGUUGUAGCUUACUGUUGUUGCUGCAGGAAUGGGAAGGAAAAAGACUAUGAGAUGACGGAGACAGAAAAUGGCGAUCAUCCACCUGAGGUAAAAAUACGGGGACCUGCUGAAGAGGAGAUUCAGGACGAGGAGGAAGAAGAGGAGGAAGACAGGCACCAGCCAGUACAGCCACCCAUUUCCAAAGUGUCUCCGGAGGUUUAAGAAGCUGUGGGCCAGAGUUGAGCAUUUCCAUUUGAGGGGGGGGGGGAAGACUGUUGUUAAAUAUUUCUCUUUCACCUUAACUCAUGUGGUUUUCCAAGACAGUAUAGGCAGCAAGUUUGUGGAGGCAAAAUCUGACUUGUUUCCUUAUACACAUUUGGUGCAUAUCUCCUCAUAAGCUCCUUUCCCAUUUGCCCAUCAGAGUUACCUUAACAUGGAAAAGGAAGGGGGACUCCAGGACAACCAUUAUAUUGUCAAAUUGACAAUAUACACUCCAUUCAAGUUUUCACGUGGUGCGAUUUGAAUUUUUGUGAACUGACACUUUCCAGUAUAUAGGAAAACAGGGGUAUCUUUUAUUUCACUUUUCACUAAGUAGGCCACUGCGAUGCAAGAAACCUAGAGCCUUUAGAUGAGCAGUUUAAGACACCAGCUGUUACUUAUUUGUUGUGCAGCAUCUACAUAACACCCAUUAUAACUGUGUUGCUAUUAUAGGAAUAUUAUACAGUGGUACCUCAGGUUACAUACACUUCAGGUUACAGACUCCGCUAACCCAGAAAUAGUGCUUCAGGUUAAGAACUUUGCUUCAG